UUUUUACAUACGUAUGGUGGAACAUGAUAAAAACACAGCGGAACAUGCAACCAACCUAAUACCUCCAGCUAACUAAAUAUUCUCUUACAUAUCCCAUCUCAAAUCCCGUGAAAAAGAAUAAACAAUCAUUCAGGUUUUCCUUGGCCAGAAUUUUAAGUUCGAAUAAAGUUAUGGUAUAAUUCUGCUGAAUAUAAUGGCUGAUAGAAGAAAAUUGCAAGGUGAAGUCGAUCGUUGUCUUAAGAAAGUCAGUGAAGGUGUUGAAGCUUUCGAUGAUAUUUGGCAAAAAGUUCAAAAUGCUACAAAUGUUAAUCAAAAAGAGAAAUAUGAGGGAGAAUUAAAAAGAGAAAUAAAGAAACUGCAGCGAUUACGUGAACAAAUAAAAACAUGGGUUGCAUCCAGUGACAUUAAAGAUAAAAAGACAUUAUUAGAAAAUCGUAGACUAAUAGAACAGCAAAUGGAAAAGUUUCGUGUUGUCGAGAAGGAAACCAAAACAAAAGCAUUUUCAAAAGAAGGCUUAGGUCAAGCGAAAAAAGUAGAUCCGGAGACUAAAGAGUUUGUGCGGUGUAGGGAAUGGUUAAAUGAUGCAAUUCAGAAGUUAAAUCUACAAAUUGAUCAAAUGGAAAUGGAACAAGAAUCUCUACAUGCUGGAAUGAAGAAAAAGAAACCAGAUAAAGAUAAAGCAGAACGUUUGGCUGAAUUAACAGAUAGAAUAGAGAAGCAUAGAUACCACAUAUCACAACUAGAACAUGUACUACGGAUGUUAGAUAACGAAUCACUAGAAGUUGAUAUGGUAAAUAAAGUGAAGGAUGAUGUAGAUUAUUAUAUUGAGAAUUGUCAGGAACCUGAUUUUCUGGAUGACGAAGGGAUAUAUGAUGAUUUAGACCUUGACCACGAAGGUGACCUUGAAGGAAGUAUGAAAUUAGAUGAUAAAUGCGAAGAUGACGAAAUUCAAUCUUCACCAGGUUCAUCAUUAAAUUCUGGAUAUUCCUGUUUGACAACUAGUUCUCCUGCUUCUAAAUCAAAUAAUAAUUCACCACGCAAAAAUAGUAAAAACUCUACUUCAAGCAACACAAGUCUUAUAAAUGGUGUAGCUUCAAGUUCAACAACGACAACUACAGUGUCAUCAUCAUCAUCGUCCACUCCCUCGAAACGAAAUCUCUUCUCUUCAAGUCAUAACAAUACGUCUAGUGUGUCUACAGAUAGCAAUACAACGGAACCUAUAUCAAGUGUUCCAAUGGUCAAUGGUCUAGACCAUAAAACGAAUGCUGAAAACACCACAACAUCAAGUGUCUCUGAAACAAAAGAGUCAAAUGUACCAAUAGCACCUUAUGCAAGUGCUGCUGCACCAGAAACAUCAAGUACUAACCCAGGGCCAAUUAGUCCAAAGUUAACAUCAGCAGAAGAGACAGCUGUGCAAGUUGUGCGGAAUCACGUGGAAAGUUUGAAAUAUACAGGUUUAAACACAAGCAAUCCUCACUGGAGGUCUACAGCGUCUGCUAUAACAUCUGAUACCAACCCUACUACACCAACAGUAACAUCUUCUUCUAACACGCAAACAACAACAUCAGAUAGUUCGAAUCUAAACAACGAUGACGUCAUGACAUCCUCUCAGGAAGCUGGCCCAUCCUUGUUAGGAUCAGUGUCCAGGUCUCUUUCUACAACAACAGCCCCUCAAAUUCAAACUAGUAGCCAAAGUAUUAUUAGCUACCCAUCAGUGUCGUCUGUGUCCCAAAAAAUUGACGAGCAAUUGCAACCACCUACAGAUUUUAGUUUAAAAACGAACAGUUUAUUUGGAGGUGUUAUUAAUCCUCCAACACUUCCACAAAAGCCACCUAAUUCAGACACCCAAGAAGUGCGACUGCAACCAGUACAUGGUGUUGCUCCACUAGGUCCAGUUCUGUUAACACAAGAAAGGUUAUAUCAACUGAAGAUGUUAGAUGCGGCCUAUCACCAUUUACCACAGAGACAAGACGGUGAAAAAAUGAGACCAUACAUUUCAAGAAGUGCUGUACCUAUCGCCAGUUAUCACCAUCAUCAACCUCCACCAAGUAUUGAUACAGUAGAGUUUUUUCAACGGCUGUCAACUGAAACCUUGUUUUUUAUAUUUUACUAUCAGGAGGGUACUCGUGCUCAGUAUUUAGCAGCGAAAGCACUGAAGAAACAAUCAUGGAGAUUUCACACGAAAUACAUGAUGUGGUUUCAAAGGCACGAAGAACCAAAACGAAUUACAGAUGAGUUUGAAGAGGGAACGUAUAUCUUCUUUGAUUAUGAGAAAUGGAGUCAGCGCAAGCGCGAUGGGUUCACUUUUGAGUAUCGUUUUUUGGAAGACAAAGACCUGCCAUGAAGAUGAAAACUCCUACGUCAUUCCUUGAUUACAGAAAUUCACUUACGAACUGAGCUAUGGGAUCUUUGAUAGAAUUAUGGAAUUCCUGAGAUUGUUUUUUACAUUUUUACUUUUAGCAAACUGGUGUACGUAAUAAUAUUAUAUUUUCGAAAUACUUUUUGGGAAUAUACAUAUUCCAUCGGAAAAUAAUACAUGAGCCAAGUUCAAUUUUUUUUUGAAACAGCACCAUUUCGAAGGUUUGACGUGUGAUUUCUACAAAUAAAGAGUCAUUAAACUUUUUAAGUAGUUUUCUUUAGAAAAAAAAAUCCAUAGUAAUCAAGUUUUCAUAUCCUUGAAAAAAUUAAAUUUUAUCAUUCAAGUUUCGGUUCAAUAAGGUUAUAGUAUGUAUAUAUAUGCAUAAAAAUGAGUAGUUGUUUUGUGUGACGUCAUCAUUUUGUGGCAUCAUUAUUGUGUGACAUCACCUUUUGUGACGUCACCCUCUUUGUGUACAUAUGCUCAUAAAAACAAAGGUUUAAGAGGAGAGGAGACUGGGACUAGAAGAAGGGUAGUUUUUCUCUUGUUACUGUGUAUAAAUAUUUGUAGUUAUCUUAAUAUUUCACCAAGCGAAAAACAAAAUAUUAUUUCAAACAAACAUUAAA